UUGACUGACAGGAAUUUAGAACCAACUGACUUGUUGGUCUUUGCUGAAAAGAUUGUAGUAGCAUGUGUGAGACAUCAUAGUGUGUUUUGUGUAAAACAAACAUGUUUCUCCCCUUCUCCUGGAUCUUGCGGACUUCUGAAUGGAUGCUUUUUGAUUCAAACCCCCCAAUUGACUGUUUUCUUCAAGGUCUUGUGGGUGCAUGUGCAAUAUCAGUGCUGGGCAGUCUGAUGAGAGUUUACUAUUUCCUUCAAACAUGCAGUGAUUCGGAAACUGAAGGUAAGCAGAGGUCAUCCUCACCCAUCAAUCCUCUGAGAGGGAACUGGAGAACAGCCCUCCAGUUCUGGUCCCUGACGCUCGUCCUGUCUCUGGUGGGCUCCAGGGUCUCCUCUCUCAUAGUGCUGGAGUUUUCUCUCAGAGCGGUUUCCUCUUCGGCAUCAGCAGGACUGGAUGCCCAUGGCCGAGGCCUGCACCUCCUCCUGCUCCAGUGCCAGUUUUCCCUUGGUUGCUGCUUCACCUGUGCUCUGGUCUUCCUCCAUCAGGGGGCUCCACACAGCUCCCUCAACUUGUUCCUGGCAGCUGCGAUCAGCUGGGCACUGGCAAGUGGCAGCCACAGGCUGUGGAGCCAUGUGGCCAGACACUACCCGCUGCAUAGCACAGAGCCUCACUGUGGGAUAUGCAUCACCCUCCUGACCUCAGGACACACCAUACUGACCUCACUGCAGAGAGCCGCUGUCUUGGCUUUUGCUUUUGCAGCUGUGGCUUCCUUCGCCACAGUAUAUGACCACUUCCUGUCCCAGACGGAUGCUCUGAAGUUUUGGACUCCACUGACACUCUGCUAUACCAUGUUGCUUAUCUACAUUCAAGCUGAUCAGAAUCGGCAGACGGGAGCGGUGGCUCUCUGGCACACGGCCGUGCUGCGACUGGGAGCUUUACUGGUGCUCAUGCUGACAGUGGGCGACUGGUCUGACGUCCUGCAUAUUCUCAUCUCUUUCCUGGGAGAAGCAUCCUGUCUGCUGCCCUCUCAGGACCUGCUGCAGGCCGCGUCAAGGGAAGAAGAGGAAACAAGCCCGAGAAAACAAGAGCAAAUCUCUUUUCACAAAACAUUUGAAGUCAAAAGGAAACCAUCCUCAGACGACAGCUGAUGGCGUCCCUGAGAUCUACCUCAUCACUACCUCAAAUAAUACAUCUAUAUUUUACUUUACUUAAUGCAAUUAUUACUGUUACCUCUCUUAAACUGUACUCCAAAUCACUGCUGCUGUUUUGGUUCUUGUAUCAUAACCAAUAGUGUUAUCAGAAGAUUUGAAUCAAUCAGAAAUACUUAAUUGAUAACUGCCCUUAUGGGAAAUUGGGAAAUAGAAAACAUUAAUUCAACGUCAGGUAUGAAACAGUGGAUAAAAUGAAGCAAUAGAACAAAAAUGUUUGUUUA